AUGGCGUGGCGGUGCUCCGGGGGCUCAAAUGAACAGCUCGUCGAGAACCUGUGGCGAUCGGGCCUCAUCACAGACCCGCGCGCCAAGGAGGCUUUCCUCAAGGUCGACCGGGCUCACUACGCCCCGCACUCCCCCUACGAAGACUCUCCGCAGUACAUUGGCCAUGAGGCCACCAUUUCGGCACCGCACAUGCACGCCAUGGCCAUCGAGAACGUGCUCCCCUACCUGAGGCCGUCUGCCGCCUCCCCCGCUCCUCGGGUCCUCGACAUCGGCUCCGGAUCGGGCUACCUGACCCAUCUGCUGGCCGAGCUAGUCGGCGAAAGGGGACUGGUAGUCGGCCUGGAACACAUACCCGCGCUGCGACAGAUUGGCGAGGAGAACAUGCGCAAGAGCACAGAGGGCAUGAAGUUGCUGGACUCGGGGAAGGUCAAGUUCAGAGUCGGCGACGGCAGGCUGGGGCUCAAGGAGCCUGCGAGACGGGGCGAGGAGGCCUACGGGACAGACUGGGACGUGAUCCAUGUUGGGGCCUCUGCAAAGGAGCUGCACCAGCCGUUGCUGGAUCAGUUGAAGGCCCCGGGGUGCAUGUUUAUCCCUAUCGAUGACGACGCGCGCGGUUUGAUGCAGUCUGUGUGGCGGAUCUCCAAGGACAAGGAGGGCAAAGUGACCAAGAAGAAUAUAUGCGGUGUGCGGUAUGUCAAGUUGACGGAUCCUCCAAGGUGA